CGCGGAGGCCGCCCGUUUCUUGCCCCUUUCCCCCGCGACCCCAGGUCCCCAAGCUUUUCCGCCAGCCGCAGGAAUAGUAUCGCCAGAAACGGCGGCAGCAGCGGCCCGACCCUUGCACGCCUCUCCUGUGGCUAUGAGAUCGCCAGCCCUCCCGUCCGCCGCGGUGAUGGCGCCGCAGGCAUCUGCGGCUCCUAGCCCUCCUGGGACGGCGAGUCCCUCGCUGCCAGCGUGUGGCGGGUCUCCGCCGGUCCCGUCUCCGAGGACCGUGGCGACGACCCCGGCCCCGGCGAUGCCGGGCGCUGCUGCCGCGGCCCCGUUUGUGCCGGAGACGGCAGGCCCAGCCGCCAUGGGCCGCGUGGGCAGCCCAGCCACAUGGAGUAGACAGGAAAUGACUUCCCCUUCGGAAAUUCCGGUAGCAGACCCCGCCCAUGCCCCUCCUCUGGAGGACUCAAACUCUAUAGUUACUUGGGAGGACCAAAAUUCUAUGGUGAGUCCUCCAGGAAUUCCACUUCCUGUUAGGGGAAUCGUCUCUAUGGAAACCGCUGCCGCUACGGUUAAAAAGAGUUCUUUGUCUCUGCCAGAUGCCCCUUACAAAAAUACUAGAAAUGCAGUUAGGAAGCAACUUUCUCCUGAUUAUUACUCACCACAUGAAAACAAAACUAAAGAAAAGGAAUGGGAAAAAGAAAUUGGGCUAUUUCCCCUAAGAGAGGUAUUGCUGACGACCGAGGCGGCGGUCCGGACCAGAGAACGAGGGUGGAUCCACGCCAGCAGAAUCAAAGGACCUGUGGAAAAGCCUAAGGAGUGGACAAUAUCAUCGGAACCGGGUGAAACGAAAUUAACCCUAAAACGGAAAUGAGAGGUGAUGAACUGGGGAGAUCCGCAUGAUCCAGGAAACAUACACAGGAUCACACCAGACUGGGAAGCUAGACCGAGUUUGCACCAGUGGUUUCAAAUACCACCUGGGAAAACUUUGAGACACCUCCGGUACCCUCCCUGGGGAGGAAUACUUCCACCACAGACAGGAGGAUCGGGAUUGUUUCGGACAGAAAACCCCUGUGUUUUUGCCUUAGCCUGUGAUUUAUAUAAAGAGGAGGGGGAAUUACCUCAUACAUUGCCAAGCCAAAUACCCUGUUUGAUUCACCCAAAUACUGGACAUGCUGGUUGGUGUAAAUGUAAGUGUUUGAGCUGUGGGAAAAAUUGGUACUGUAGUUCACACAAACGACGCUCUCGUUGCAUGAAGUGUAGAGUGUCACCUGAGCCCCCUAUCCAAGCAGAACUUGAAGCUACUGAAAUAAUAACUUGGUUGUGUGGUUGGGAAUUAUUAGUGCCUGUUGAAUGGGAGAUAGCUGAGGAAGAGUGGGAGACCACGGUCAAGAAGUGUCAAAAACGAUUUGCCUGGAAAUUAGCUAAGAGAAAGUGACAAUAGAGGAGAGGGCAAGACCAGAUUGGCCUCUGUAAUCGCCACCGAGAAGAUCACAUACACCUGCUGUGGGCUGCAACCCCAUAGGCAUGGGAGGUGGGAGUAUAAGCCAUACUGGACCUCUGCUGGUUCUGUCACUCAUUUUCUGGCUCUUCCCUUUUGGGAUGCCGACCAGGCCAUGCUACAGGUGUUACCAAAAACUGUAUAUGGAAAGACACCGAGGCUCCUUCUUUAUUUCUCACACUCAUAUCAACAGUCACUGUUAUAACCCUUCCAAAUUGGGAAACUGCAUACACAAUGGGAAAAAGUACUGGAUGGCGGAAAAUGUGAGGGGAAGUGAAUGUGCAAAAGGGGAGAAAUGGAUGUGUUUCACCCACAUUACUGGGAGUAAAACAAAGGAUUUGGUAAAGGAGGAAUUGAUAAGCAAAAAAGCUAGGCCUGCACCACCACCAAAGCCUGUACCAAUCUCGCUGGAUGGUUUGUAUAAGAAAUUGGAACAACAACUGGAGAAAGAAAUAGAUAUUUCACGGAUGGGUAAAAAUCUGUUUGUGGAAUUGGGAGAAAGAAUAAGUAAGGAACUCAACGUAACCAAUUGUUGGGUCUGUGGAGGGGCUUUGAUGUCAGAAGAAUGGCCAUGGAAAGGCAGCAGCUUAGGCCCAAUCGAGCUCCUUAAGUGGAACCAAACAAGUAUAAAGGGAGAAAAUCGGCCAGGGGGAUGGAUUUUAAGUUCAGUAGUCAUAGGGGAGGAAUGUCUUUGGCGUGAAGGAAAAAAGUUCCUCCGUGAAGUAGGAAAAACUCCCUGUAAAAGAUACAAGGUUAGUAAUGGAACCUCUGUAUGGUGGAUCCCAGAAGAACCUACCAUGUACUGGACCCAGAAAAAAGAAAAAAACGGAAAUUGUGAAUAUAAUAAUAAAAUCAGGCUUUUUCAAUGUAAUGAUACAGGAAAGAAUCCUUAUGUUGGCAUCCCAGAGAUUUCUAAAUUUUGGGAGAAUAUGGAUGAGCAAAAAUUGGACUAUUGGAAAGCUCCAGACGGUUUGUUCUGGAUAUGUGGGAAAAGGGCGUAUCCAAAACUCCCUCCCAAGUGGAAAGGGAGCUGUACUCUGGGUGUCAUACAACCAGGAUUUUUUCUUUUGCCCGGACCUGAAGGGGAUCACUUAGGGAUACCAGUUUAUGAGGAUCUAAAAAGAAGCAAGAGAGAUGUAAUUGGAGGAUUCCAAAAAUGGGGAGAGGAUGAGUGGCCCCCUGCACGCAUACUGGAAACAUACGGACCAGCCACCUGGGCACAGGACGGGAGUUGGGGAUAUCGAACUCCCAUUUAUAUGUUAAACCGUAUCAUAAGGCUUCAAGCAGUCGUAGAGAUAAUAACAAACAAAACUGGUAGUGCAAUGGAAUUAAUAUCCAGGCAACAAACUCAAAUCAGAGCCGCUGUGUACCAAAACAGGUUAGCACUGGAUUACCUAUUAGCUGAAGAAGGGGGCGUUUGUGGAAAAUUCAAUACAUCAGAUUGUUGUUUAAAAAUAGAUGAUAAUGGAGAAGCUGUCCUGGAUAUAGUCAAUGAUAUCAGAAAAAUCGCCCAUGUACCAGUCCAGAAGUGGGAAUCCAUGCUAAGUACCAGCUGGUGGGAUAAUGUGCUAGGAAUAGAAUGGUGGAAGAAACUAGGUUUUUUCCUCUUAUGUGCUACAGCUGGUUUAAUAUUCCUCCCUUGUUUGAUCCCUUGUUUUAUCAGAUUAAUCACUAGUGUAGUUCAAGGUAUGCAAUUAGUGACCUUGGAUCAAAAGAUGGAUACAACAAAAACGGUACAAAAGAUAAUGGUAUUAAGGAAACAAAACAGAGUAGCAGACCCCCUCCAGGAAGCCAGACUGAUUUAUGAAGAAAAUGAACAUAGAAGGGAUGCAAGAGAGCAGUAAAUAUCGCUCGAGCCAAUUUUAUUAUAAAAAGAAAGAGGAGGGAUUGUGAAAAAGGCAUAUUGGGUGUGUGGCUCUACGCAGAUAUUUACUAUAUGUAAUAUGCUAGGUAGAAAAGUUAUGCAAUAUUAACAUUUAAAUAAUGUAGUAAAUGUAGUUUUUAACAUUGAAUCUAAGUAAGAAUUGUGUGUAAGGCAUUGUCCUUAGCUCAAGAGCAAAGAGAAGAUAACCCAGAGGUUUCUACACAGAGAGAACAAUUACAACAAGCCAUACUAAAAACCCCUCUUGGAUGUUUCAGAGGGAAAGAUACAUAUCUCCUUGAAACCACCCUGGUCACUCCAGACCG